AUCUCCAGAAAAGAGAAUCAAGCUGGUUGAAUCUUCCAGAGAAGAAAGCUAAAAGAGAAGACAAAAAGGACGUACUGGAUGAUCGCUUCAGACAACCCCUCCCAGUCGUCAACACCUUGAUGCCGGUGCAGCUGACAACAGCCCUUCGUGUGGUGGGCACUAGCCUGUUUGCCCUGGCAGUGCUGGGUGGCAUCCUGGCAGCUUAUGUGACAGGCUACCAGUUCAUCCACACAGAAAAACACUACCUGUCCUUCGGGCUGUACGGUGCCAUCCUGGGUCUGCACCUGCUCAUCCAGAGCCUGUUUGCCUUCCUGGAGCACCGGCGCAUGCGGCGGGCAGGCCGGCCACUGAAGCUGCCCUCCCCGCUGCGGCGCUCUGUGGCGCUCUGCAUCGCUGCAUACCAGGAGGACCCCGACUACUUGCGCAAGUGCCUGCGCUCAGCCCAGCGCAUCGCCUUCCCCGACCUCAAGGUGGUCAUGGUGGUGGAUGGCAAUCGCCAGGAGGAUGCCUACAUGCUGGACAUCUUCCAUGAGGUGCUAGGUGGCACCGAGCAAGCCGGCUUCUUUGUGUGGCGCAGCAACUUCCAUGAGGCGGGUGAGGGUGAGACGGAGGCCAGCCUUCAGGAGGGCAUGGACCGCGUGCGCAACGUGGUGCAGGCCAGCACCUUCUCAUGCAUCAUGCAGAAGUGGGGAGGCAAGCGAGAGGUCAUGUACACGGCCUUCAAGGCUCUUGGUGAUUCAGUGGACUACAUCCAGGUGUGUGACUCUGACACUGUGCUGGAUCCAGCCUGCACAAUUGAAAUGCUUCGAGUCCUGGAGGAGGACCCCCAAGUAGGAGGAGUCGGGGGAGAUGUCCAAAUCCUCAACAAAUAUGAUUCAUGGAUCUCCUUCCUGAGCAGUGUGCGGUACUGGAUGGCCUUCAAUGUGGAGCGGGCUUGCCAGUCCUACUUUGGCUGUGUGCAGUGCAUUAGCGGGCCCUUGGGCAUGUACCGUAACAGCCUCCUUCAGCAAUUCUUGGAGGACUGGUACCAUCAGAAGUUCCUAGGCAGCAAGUGCAGCUUUGGGGACGACCGGCACCUCACCAACCGAGUCCUGAGUCUCGGCUACAGGACUAAGUAUACAGCUCGCUCUAAAUGCCUCACAGAGACCCCCACCAAGUACCUCCGGUGGCUUAACCAGCAGACCCGCUGGAGCAAGUCUUACUUCCGCGAGUGGCUCUACAACUCUCUGUGGUUCCACAAGCACCACCUCUGGAUGACCUACGAAUCAGUGGUCACGGGUUUCUUCCCCUUCUUCCUUAUCGCCACAGUCAUACAGCUUUUCUACCGUGGCCGCAUCUGGAACAUUCUUCUCUUCCUGCUGACAGUGCAGCUGGUGGGCAUUAUCAAGGCUACAUACGCCUGCUUCCUUCGGGGCAAUGCAGAGAUGAUCUUCAUGUCACUAUACUCCCUUCUCUAUAUGUCCAGCCUCCUGCCAGCCAAGAUCUUUGCCAUUGCUACCAUCAACAAGUCUGGCUGGGGCACCUCUGGCCGAAAAACCAUUGUGGUGAACUUCAUUGGCCUCAUCCCUGUGUCCAUCUGGGUGGCAGUCCUCCUUGGGGGGCUGGCCUACACAGCUUACUGCCAGGAUCUGUUCAGUGAGACGGAGCUAGCCUUCCUUGUCUCUGGGGCCAUCCUGUACGGCUGCUACUGGGUGGCCCUCCUCAUGUUGUAUCUGGCCAUCAUUGCCCGGCGAUGCGGGAAGAAGCCAGAGCAGUAUAGCUUAGCUUUUGCUGAGGUGUGACGUAGCCCUCAAGCAGAGCGGGAAAAGUGC